AUGGGGCAGGCAUGCGGCCACUCCAUCCUCUGCAGGAGCCAGCAGUGCCCGGCAGCGCGACCGGCUGAGCCGCGGGGUCAGCAGGUCUUCCUCAAGCCGGACGAGCCGCCGCCGCCGCAGCCAUGCGCCGACAGCCUGCAGGUUGCUUUGCUGAAGUAUUUUAACACAAAUCUCAGACAUGAUGUCAUUUCACCAAAGGUGGAUAUUUUUAAGGAUGCUUUGCUGAACCUGGGCUCCGUCAUCGACAUUGCAGGCUUGCAAUGGGCUGUCAAAGAGGCCCUGUCAGCUGUGCUGCCCAGAGUGGAGACUGUCUACACCUACCUGCUGGAUGGGGAAUCCCGGCUGGUGUGUGAGGAGCCCCACCAUGAGCUGCCCCAGGAGGGGAAAGUGCGAGAGGCUGUGAUCUCCCAGAAGCGGCUGGGCUGCAAUGGACUGGGCCCCUCGGACAUGCCUGGGAAGCCCUUGGCCAGGCUGGUGGCUCCACUGGCUCCUGACACCCAAGUGCUGGUCAUACCGCUGGUGGACAAGGAGGCCGGGGCUGUGGCAGCAGUCAUCUUGGUGCACUGUGGUCAGCUGAGUGACAGUGAGGAGUGGAGCCUGCAAGCCGUGGAGAAGCAUACCCUGGUGGCCCUGAAGAGGGUCCAGGCCCUGCAGCAGCGCGGGCCCAGCGCGGCCCCGGAAGCGGUCCAGAAUACUCCAGAGGGGGCGGCGGGAGACCAGAAGGGUGGGGUUCCGUACACAGACCAAGACCGAAAGAUCCUGCAGCUUUGCGGGGAACUCUACGACCUGGAUGCCUCUUCCUUGCAGCUCAAAGUCCUCCAAUACCUGCAGCAGGAGACCCAGGCAUCCCGCUGCUGCCUCCUGCUGGUAUCUGAGGACAAUCUCCAGCUUUCCUGUAAGGUGAUUGGAGAUAAAGUGCUGGAGGAAGAAAUCAGCUUUCCGUUGACGAUGGGACGACUGGGCCAGGUGGUGGAAGACAAGAAGUCUAUCCAGCUGAAAGAUCUCACCUCUGAGGAUGUGCAACAGCUGCAAAGCAUGUUGGGCUUCGAGGUGCAGGCCAUGCUUUGUGUCCCUGUCAUCAGCCGGGCCACUGACCAGGUGGUGGCCUUGGCCUGCACCUUCAACAAGCUCGGAGGAGACUUAUUCACAGACCAGGAUGAGCGUGUGAUACAGCACUGCUUCCACUACACCAGCACGGUCCUCACCAGCACCCUGGCCUUCCAGAAGGAGCAGAAGCUCAAGUGUGAGUGCCAGGCUCUUCUCCAAGUGGCAAAGAACCUCUUCACUCACCUGGAUGACGUCUCUGUGCUUCUCCAGGAGAUCAUCACAGAGGCCAGAAACCUCAGCAAUGCUGAGAUAUGCUCUGUGUUCCUGCUGGAUCAGAACGAGCUGGUGGCCAAGGUGUUCGAUGGGGGCGUGGUGGAUGAUGAGAGCUAUGAGAUCCGCAUCCCAGCCGACCAGGGCAUCGCGGGCCACGUGGCAACCACGGGCCAGAUUCUGAACAUCCCAGAUGCGUAUGCGCACCCACUUUUCUACCGCGGUGUGGACGACAGCACCGGCUUCCGGACGCGCAACAUUCUCUGCUUUCCCAUCAAGAACGAGAACAAGGAGGUCAUCGGUGUGGCCGAGCUGGUAAAUAAGAUCAACGGACCAUGGUUCAGCAAGUUUGACGAGGAUCUGGCGACAGCCUUCUCCAUCUACUGUGGCAUCAGCAUCGCACAUUCCCUCCUGUACAAGAAAGUGAAUGAGGCCCAGUAUCGCAGCCACCUAGCCAACGAGAUGAUGAUGUACCACAUGAAGGUCUCUGAUGAUGAAUACACCAAACUUCUCCAUGAUGGGAUUCAGCCUGUGGCUGCCAUUGACUCCAAUUUUGCCUGUUUCACCUACACUCCUCGCUCUCUGCCCGAGGAUGACACCUCCAUGGCCAUCCUCAGCAUGCUGCAGGACAUGAAUUUCAUCAAUAACUACAAAAUUGACUGCCCGACGCUGGCCCGGUUCUGUUUGAUGGUGAAGAAGGGCUACCGGGAUCCCCCCUACCACAACUGGAUGCACGCCUUUUCUGUCUCCCACUUCUGCUACCUGCUCUACAAGAACCUGGAGCUCGCCAACUACCUCGAGGACAUGGAGAUCUUUGCCUUGUUUAUUUCCUGCAUGUGUCACGACCUGGACCACAGAGGCACAAACAACUCCUUCCAGGUGGCCUCGAAAUCUGUGCUGGCCGCGCUCUACAGCUCAGAAGGUUCUGUCAUGGAGAGGCACCACUUCGCUCAGGCCAUCGCCAUCCUCAACACCCACGGUUGCAACAUCUUUGACCACUUCUCCCGGAAGGACUAUCAGCGCAUGCUGGACCUGAUGCGGGACAUCAUCUUGGCCACAGACCUGGCCCACCACCUCCGCAUCUUCAAGGAUCUCCAAAAGAUGGCCGAAGUGGGCUAUGACAGAACCAACAAGCAGCAUCACAGCCUCCUUCUCUGCCUCCUUAUGACCUCCUGUGACCUCUCUGACCAGACCAAGGGCUGGAAGACCACGAGGAAGAUUGCAGAGCUGAUCUACAAAGAGUUCUUCUCCCAAGGAGACUUGGAGAAGGCCAUGGGCAACAGGCCGAUGGAGAUGAUGGACCGUGAGAAGGCCUACAUCCCCGAGCUGCAGAUCAGCUUCAUGGAGCACAUCGCAAUGCCCAUCUAUAAGCUGCUGCAGGACCUGUUCCCCAAAGCAGCAGAGCUGUAUGAACGUGUGGCCUCUAAUCGUGAGCACUGGACCAAAGUGUCGCACAAGUUCACCAUCCGCGGCCUCCCGAGCAACAACUCGCUGGACUUCCUGGAUGAGGAGUAUGAGGUGCCUGACCUGGAUGGUGCUGGGGCCCCCAUCAAUGGCUGUUGCAGCCUUGAUGCUGAGUGA